AUGAAUCUUGCAUAUGUAGUUGGGCAUCCAGUCGAGGAUGACGAAGCUCUGGCUAGCCUUGGGGUUACUCGCGUCACUCCUNNNNCAAUCUUGUAUAAACUAAAACUAGGUGAGGUUGUUACAACAAUACCAACAAUUGGUUUCAACGUCGAGACCGUAGAGUACAAGAACAUCAGCUUUACAGUGUGGGAUGUCGGUGGACAGGACAAGAUCCGUCCUUUGUGGAGGCACUACUACCAGAACACUCAAGGCGUCAUCUUUGUUGUUGAUUCUAAUGAUAGGGACCGUAUUGGUGACGCGCGAGAAGAACUACAGAGAAUGCUCAACGAGGAAGAACUCCGUGAUGCGACUCUGCUGGUCUUUGCUAACAAACAGGAUCUCCCUAACGCCAUGACGGCUGCUGAGGUCACCGACAAGUUGGGUUUACAACAACUUCGUCAUCGUAAUUGGUAUAUUCAAUCGACAUGUGCUACCACUGGUGAUGGCCUCUAUGAAGGUCUUGACUGGCUCAGCAAAACUCUUAGCAAGGCUUAGUGGUGGAGUUUGUGAAUACGACGAGUAUCUCUUCUAUGAAAGCAAAUAUUGAUUCUAUCAACUCUGGUGCCUCUGGUGCUACUCAUUGUUGGUAUGCAACCCUGUAUGGUUUCGUGGGUUUCGGUACUCCGAUCAGUAGUAGCAUUUUCAGCGUCGUCAAGAAA